AUGGCACCAGGAAACAACUGGCUUUCAUUUUCGCUGUCUUCAUUGGAAAUGCUCAACUCUUGCUCACAGGAUUCUAUGGAACUUGCACCAUUUGAGACCUCUUCCGUCGCCGGCUCUCACCACCUCUACUCUUUCGCCGAUAACUUCUAUACGAAUGGGUGGUAUAACCAGAAAUCUCAAGCCAUAUACUCAGAAACUGAAAACCAUCAAGCGAAAGAAAACAAUUCCUUCAAUUUCACCAGCUACAUGGACCCAUAUAUGUACCAAUACAUGCAGCCAGCGCCUAAACUUGAGGAUUUUUUGGGCGGCGACUUGACGGAGACUCAAGAUUCGUCCCUGACUAACAUCUACGACUACGACCACCACCAGACAGGUGGCGGCGAUGCCUACUUCAGUAAUAAUGAGCAGCAAGGUCUCAAGACUAUUACUGGGUUUCAAGCCUUUUCUACGAACUCGGGCUCGGAGGUUGAUGACUCGGCUUUCGCGGUUCACACUCAGUCUCCGGUUGAGUCAGGGAGCGAGUUGGUGGCUUACUCUCAGUGCCCCAUUACUGCUGCUGCUACUACUUAUACCAAUGCCUUAUCCCUGUGUGUUAAUAACAAUGCACAAUGCUCUGAUGAUGAUGAUAAUAAUAAUAAAGCCAUUGUUUGUGUUGACUCGGAGAGGAAUUGCAAGAGAGUUACUGAUACUUUUGGUCAGAGAACUUCCAUUUACAGAGGCGUCACAAGACACAGAUGGACAGGAAGAUAUGAAGCGCAUCUAUGGGAUAACAGCUGUAGAAGAGAGGGCCAAGCAAGAAAAGGGCGUCAAGGUGGAUAUGACAAGGAAGAUAAGGCAGCAAGGGCUUAUGAUUUAGCAGCUCUGAAAUACUGGGGUGUCACCGCCACCACCAAUUUCCCAAUCGCCAAUUACACCAAAGAGUUGGAGGAGAUGAAGCACGUAACUAAACAAGAGUUCAUUGCCUCACUAAGAAGGAAAAGUAGUGGUUUCUCAAGGGGAGCAUCAAUUUAUAGGGGCGUUACAAGGCAUCAUCAGCAAGGUAGAUGGCAAGCAAGAAUUGGUCGUGUUGCAGGGAAUAAAGAUCUCUACCUUGGAACAUUUGCUACUGAGGAGGAAGCAGCAGAGGCAUAUGAUAUAGCUGCAAUUAAGUUUAGGGGAGCGAAUGCAGUGACCAAUUUCGAGAUGAGUCGUUACGAUGUGGAAGCCAUUGCCAAGAGUUCCCUUCCUGUUGGUGGGACAGCCAAGCGCUUGAAACUCUCACUCGAAGCCAAAGGGAAACCUCCUACUAACGCUAACCUGCAAAUACAGUCGAGCAGCAACAGCAUCAACUUUUCGCCCCUUCAGCAGCCUGUAUCCGCCAUUGCCAAGAGUUCCCUUCCUGUUGGUGGGACAGCCAAGCGCUUGAAACUCUCACUCGAAGCCAAAGGGAAACCUCCUACUAACGCUAACCUGCAAAUACAGUCGAGCAGCAACAGCAUCAACUUUUCGCCCCUUCAGCAGCCUGUAUCCACCAUUCCAUGUGGAAUACCUUUUGAUGUCAACUUCUUCCACCACCUCCAACCCACCAAUGCAGGUGUCUCCACUGCUGCCCCGACCAUGCAGAAUGUGAGAUGCGGGAUCUUUGGGCUGGAGAGGCAAGGCCUUGUCGGCCUCGUUGGUGGCAGAUUUAGCGAGGCUGAAGAAUGUAGAUUUGUUUUUGGAGGAUCGAGCUCCCUGAAUGAAAUGGCGGUUGACGUGGGUGUUGGGGCGGGCCUUGGACCGGAGCUUGGUCAGGGCCCGUUUGGGAAGGCUGUGCAGUGCGUAGAAGAUGCUUAG